AUGAACGAAGUUAUAGCAGAAAUAGCUGGGCAGGGCUGGUCUAUGUGCGAGAAUGGAAGCGUGCUCUGCGUGGCUGUGGAGGACACAAUAAGCGUGUACGAGCUGAAGAACCUGCAGAAUGUGAAAAGAAUCAGCACGGAGGGCGAUAACUGCGGGAUUCUUCCAGAAAUUUCGGAGGAAAGCGCGCGCGGGUGCGACUACAUUAGAAGAUGCGAGUUUAUGCAGGACAGCGAUGUCAUGUGCGUGGGAUACUUCAGCGGAGUGUGCGAUGUGCUCAACAUAGAAAAGGGCAUACGCCUGGACAGGCUGCAGGGCGCGGACAGCGAAGUAAAGGGCGUGGGGUUCAGCGCGGACGGCCGGCUUGGGUUCAGCACCAGGGAUGGGAGCGUGUGGGUGUGGAAGCUGAACGAGGAAGGCGAGUGGGAGAUUGAGGAGGUGAUCGAGUACAGUGAAAGCGACGUAAAGACAAUUGCAUGGCACCAGAACCGGCUGGUUACCGUGGGAUACUCCAAUGAAGUGGUUGUGUACAGCAGGUGGGAGGACGAAAUGUGCGAAGUAAAGUGGGAAAUCGAAAGCACUUUUAAGUGCGAGUCUUGCGUGUGGGACGUGGGCAUUGCAGAGGGAGAAAGCACCCGAGCUUGUGUGGUGACGCAGGGCGGGUAUAUGCACGUGUACGCACUGAAGCAGGACGGGGGAUUUUUCGAGGAGCUCUCCCAAAGAAUUUCAGAGUAUCCCGUGAUCUCUGUGUGCGUGGGCGAGUGUGGGGGCGAGCAGUGCUUUGCGAUGAUCGUGGAAAGAUGCCGGCUCGUGUGCUACUCCAUGGAGGGGUCGUGCUUGGGGGAGUGGAAUAUUCUCACAGAGUGGGAAGAGCCUGUAGAUAUUCUGUACUCGCGCGCGGAAAAGGCCUUUUUUGUGCUGUCCUACAAGAUACAGGCCAGAAAAAGAACGAGCAUUCUCAGGAAAGUUGCGGUUUCAAGGGGGGAUGGUGUGCAGGGCGUGCAGCCUGCUCUGUAG